GCAAGCUGGUAGCAGCCAGUGAAGUGUCCCUCGCUGUCUGAAUGGUUUAGCUGCUGGUAGGCAUGGUUCAGAAACACUGAUGAGCUGGGAUGUGAAACUGGAUGUGUUGCAUUAUGGUGUGAGCGUGAAGGACCGCUACUGAGAGCUGCAGCAGGUGACCCAGCCACAUACAGAGGACCACACGUUGCUUUUCAAUGACCUUCACUUCUUCAUGGUUUCCCUGGGUAGCAAGGAGACCACCACCACUCAGCGCCUGCUGGAGAGUCUCCAGGAACUAGCUAAAGACCCAGCAGAGAACCAUCAGCUCCAGAUAGCCGAGCGUGUGGGGCUGCCCAUGUGUCAGGCUCUGCUGGAGUAUGACCAGCGAAACUACAGCCAGGCCGUGGAGCUGCUCAAACCCAUCAAAGACCGCUUUGUAGAGAUAGGGGGCAGUGACGCUCAGAGAGAUGUUUUCAAUCAGCUCCUUAUUCAUGCUGCCAUGAAGUCAGGAGACAAAGAACACCAACGGUUUGCCAGAUGCAUGCUGAUCGAGAGAGACACAGUGCGGCCAAACUCCCUGCUCACAGACCGGCUGAUCCAGAAAGCCCAGUCCUUACAUGUUUAAAUUCAGACCCCAUUCCCUACGCGGUUAACAGCCUGGUCUCUUUCGGUUUAAUUACAGGCCGCUUUCCUAACACAUUUAACUAUAUACAUCAGAUCAGAGAGCCUGAGUACAUCCCAAAAGUUUGCACUGAACAAAGUCUUGUGUUUAAUGGGUUCACUCCUCCAACUCUUAGUCUAGUCUCCUCCUCCUACAUUGCA